AUGGCUUCUGAGUUCAUAGGUUACUCCGUGAUCGUGAGCCUGAGGGAACCACCUGGCGGGAAGCUCCAGGGCCAGGUUGCUAACGUGGUUGGACAAAACUUGCUUCUCCAAAAUGUGACUCUUCUGUGGAAUGGCCAACGUCUCGCCAGCUACUCCGUGGAUGGCUCCGGAAUCACAGACCUGUCCCUGCAAGAAAACAAAGCACCUCUGUCGCACCCACAGAAUGUGUCGCAAGAAACUCCCAAGAUUCAGUCUGCUCAGUUCAAACCCCCUCCACAGCAGACUUUCGUCGACCCGGCUAUCCUAAGCUACUCUAAACCCUCUACCAAACCCGCCAACCCUCCCACUCAAUCUCACCCGGUCUCACAUGGUACUAGUCAAGCGCCUGCCCCAGUCGCAGCGUCGUUGUCUGAGCCAUUCAGCAACCUCGACUUGAAUGUCAACACUGGCAAUGGUGGGUUGCGAGGACCCUCGCAAGAGACGGAUUUUCAGGCCGCACAGAACCUGACCCCUACCAAGCAACCUUCCAAGCGCAACAGGCUUGGUAAUGAAGGUGGAUAUAUGGGUAAACAUGGUGGUGGUGGUGCAAACACAAAUCCAAAAAGCAAAGGCUGGCGCCAAACUGCGUUUGUGGAGCCCGUGGGUCCGGCUGCCCAAGCAUCACCCGAACAUAUCGUGCGGCAGCCGGGCGCAAAGCUUCGCAAGAAAAAGACGCGCCGCUCAUACGCUGAAGAUCAUAGUGGCUGGGCCACCGAGGACGCAACCGACAUUCAGGAGCUGGGUGACUUCGAUUUCGAAAGCAACCUCUCCAAAUUCGAUAAGCGGCGAGUGUUUGAAGAAAUCCGGAAUGACGACACCACUGCAGAUGAGGCCCGUCUAGUGAGCUUCAACCGUCUACCCAAGCCUGGUACUAAUGACGGCAAGAACCUUCACUGGUCGGAGAAUGUGCUUGAUAGCCCGCAAAACAGUGACACCGAGGACGUCGAAGGCAUAAGUGAUGCCAGACAUAGUAGUGAGAAUAUCUCUGGGCGUGACCGAUCUAGAGCACCUGGACGGGUCCAAACCUCUCGCAAGAGUAGCGCUAUAAUGAGCCAGCCUGUGAUGCCGCAGAUCAAUGUCCUUGGUCGAAGCCAAUUGAAUACCUCUCGCACCACAAGCCCCCACCCGGGCCGCUCAUCUGUGUCUCCCAUGGUCGGCUCCAAUGCAUCCAAUGCAUCCCUGAGAUUGACCACUACCAAUCGCAGCUGCCCAACUGUGAGCCCUUUGCAAACACUUGAGGUUGAGCAGAUUGCGGUAGCUGAGUUUGGCUUGAGUGAAGAUAUUGUUACAGAGAAUGCUGGCCGAGGUAUUGCCGAAGCAGCUGUUGCUCUCUUAUCUAGUGACGCCGCUGCGCCGACUAUAUUGAUCAUUACAGGCAAUCAUCGCACGGGCGCUCGGGCUAUCGCUGCUGCGCGUCACCUGCGCAACCGCGGCCACCGGGUCACUGUCUGCCUUCUAGGCCUUGAAUAUGAGAGUGAAUUGCUGGAAAAUUGUCGCAAGCAGCUCGAUAUUUUCCGGAAAAUCGGAGGUCGUAUAUCGAAGUGGGAGGAUCUGUCAGCUCGUUUAUCUACUUCUGACCUCAGUCCCGACCUGGUGAUCGAUGCCUUAUUUGGCAUGCACCUUGCCUUUGAUGAUCUCCGAACCGAUGAUCAGGGGGUUGCCUUUGAGAUGAUCUCAUGGGUGAAUCGAAGCAACAUAGAAGUGCUCUCAGUUGACAUUCCGUCAGGCAUGUCAGCCUCGAAUGGUGAUAUAACUAUGGUUGACGGCGGACAGCUCUGUAUCAAUGGCUCGUCGGUCGUCUGUCUUGGUGCACCAAAGACUGGAGUUCUCAACGCUCUACUUUCUGGUGAUGGCCAGUCUUGGAACCUUAGUGUUGCUGACAUCGGUAUACCUCAGAUUGUGUGGCGAAAGUAUGGCACUCGUCGUCGACAUGGCAUUGAUUUUGGCAACCGCUGGGUGGUGACGCUAAGAUACCAGCCCGCGAUUGUCUAG